UUCAAAUAAUUUUUCAUGCACCAUAUCGGUAUUAUACAAUAAUAUCUAGAAUUCAAGCUGAAAAUCAUUUGCGAUGGCGUUGUUCGCGUUGAAUUCACGACAUGUUGCUUUUCGAGGAGUUCCAUUACCAAACGCCUGGCUCUUGAGUCUCUUGUUAAGUCAUCGUAAAAGCACCAAUGUUGAUGCUAUCGAUUCGUUUAUCAGUGAAUUAAUGGAAAAUAAGGCCUUCAAAUGGAAAGUACUCAACAACAAACAUAAACUAGUUCCAGUGCUAAAAGCUCCUGUGCUUAAUUCGUCUAUUUCGAGUCCAAAAAGUACACCUUUCAGAUUAACGCAAAUCUUCAAUGAUCUAACGUCGAACCCGAUUCUUAUCAACAUUGAACUCUUGGAACAAACACAUAUAGAUAAUCUGGUAGACACUGCUAUCAAAGAGGAGAACGAUAAGGAUGUAAAACUUCUGCUUGAUCAAAUGCUCGAGUAUGAAAAACUCCCUUCUACUAAUGUUCUGAAUAUGUUACUGGAGUAUUUAGCGAAUACCUUAGAUCGCAACAGAUUAGAAAAGCUAGUGGAUCUUUGCCAUAAAGUAAGUCCAAAGUAUGUGGCUGAGAAUUGCAAUAUGCUACAUUAUAAAGCAAUAUUGCUUUGGAAGAGUGGUAAUUCAUUGAAUUCAUUAGAUAAAAUGAAAGAAGCACUGGUUGGCUGUACACCGGAUGCUAAAGUUGUGAUUGAUCGACUACUGAUAAACAUUGUUGAUGAAACAAUCGGGCGAAAAAGUGAAGCCGUCCUACUGGCUGUGAUAGAGAUGGGAGAGUUUUGCUUGAAAGAAAUGAACGAUAGUUUUCUUAUAUGCUACGUGUGGGAGAGAAGCUUCCACAGUCAGUGGUACAGCGAUCAGGAAGCAGCGAAAGCGAUGUUCGACAAACACGAGAGCUUGAGAUUGGCCAUUGCAAAAAGAAUCAACAGUUUAUGCUUUGCUUUUAUGCAAGAUUUUAACACUGAACCUGUCUAUAGAUUGAUGGAACUAUUUUUGAAGCAUAACAUGCUACCUCAAUGUCGGUUGAUACUUAUCUGCUUGUUUGAAUACCAAUAUUGGAGGCGAAAUUUGCGAGCAUGCUCAGAAAUUAUACAAAACUCGAUUGAUCUGGACCUUGCUCUACCGGAGGCGUAUAAUCGGAAAUUGUUAGACCUACUAUUAGGUCGUUCUGGCAUGCAAACCAGACCAUCCGUAGAGACUGAGGGAAAACGGAAGCAGAAAUUACAAGCGAAAAAGUACGAGCUGAAAUUCUGAGAUGAUUGUUGUUCUGCUUGGAAUGUACAUAAAUUGACUGUAAGGCGAAUGUAUAUUUGAAAAACCAA